CACAUUCCACAAUACAUUAGUGCCACACCAUGGUAUUUUGGAGCACAGGGACCCACUUUGAAACACCAAAGGCCGCAGCCUGAGAAACAGAAACAAUUCAGCGAUAUCGAUGAAUGGUACAGGCGUGGUGUAGAUUCUUCGAAAGUAACGACCAAGUAUCGCAAAGGAGCAUGUGAUAAUUGCGGGGCAAUGACCCAUAAGAAGAAGGAAUGUAUGGAACGACCACGUAAAAUAAGUGCAAAGUAUACGAAUGCCAAUAUAGCACCGGAUGAAUUCACACAACCAGACUUAUCAAUGGAUUAUGAUGGGAAGAGGGAUAGGUGGGCUGGUUAUGAUCCUUCUCAGCACAGAGCCAUCGUCGAGGAAUAUCAAAAGAUCGAAGAAGCAAAAAGGCAGAUGCGUGCAGAAAAGUUGAAC